AUGGGGCAGGCGGGCUGGAAGGGGCUCUGCCUGUCGCUGUUCGACUACAAGACCGAAAAGUAUGUGAUCGCCAAGAACAAGAAGGUGGGAUUGCUCUACAGACUGCUGCAGCUCUCCAUCCUGUUGUACCUGGUCGUGUGGGUGUUUGUGGUGAAGAAGAGUUACCAAGAUGUUGACACCUCCCUGCAGAGCGCUGUUGUCACCAAAGUCAAGGGCGUGGCCUAUACCAACACCUCUGAGCUUGGGGAGCGGCUCUGGGAUGUUGCUGAUUAUGUCAUUCCACCCCAGGGAGACAGUGUCUUCGUUGUGAUCACCAACCUGAUUGUGACUACCAACCAGCGGCAGGGCACCUGUGCUGAGUAUGAAGGUGUCCCUGAUGGUUUGUGUUCUCAGGACCAUGACUGCCAAGCUGGGGAGACUGUUAUAGCUGGAAAUGGAGUGAAAACUGGCCGCUGUCUGCGUGUGGGGAACUCAACCAGGGGCACCUGUGAGAUCUUCGCCUGGUGCCCAGUGGAGACACAGUCCAUGCCAAUGGAACCAUUCCUGAAGGAAGCUGAAGAUUUCACCAUUUACAUAAAGAACUUCAUUCGUUUCCCCAAAUUCAACUUCUCCAAGGCCAAUGUGCAGGAGGACACGAAUUUCCUGAAAUCCUGUCGCUUUAGCCCCAAGAAUCUUUACUGCCCCAUCUUCCGACUGGGGUCUGUGAUCCGCUGGGCGGGGAGUGACUUCCAGGACAUAGCCAUGAAGGGUGGUGUGAUAGCAAUUAAUAUUGAAUGGGACUGUGAUCUUGACAAAGCUGCCUCCGAGUGCAACCCUCGCUAUUAUUUUAGCCGCCUGGACAACAACCAUGUAAAGUCUGUCUCCUCCGGGUACAACUUCAGGUUUGCCAGAUAUUACCGAGACUCGGCCGGGGCGGAGUUCCGAACCCUGAUAAAAGCCUAUGGGAUCCGCUUUGAUGUGAUAGUUAAUGGCAAGGCAGGAAAGUUCAGCAUCAUCCCCACAAUCAUCAACGUGGGCUCUGGGGUGGCGCUCAUGGGUGCUGGGGCUUUUUUCUGUGACCUGGUGCUCAUCUACAUCAUCAAGAAGAGAGAGUUCUACCGUGACAAGAAGUACGAGGAAGUGAGGUCAGGUCGAGAGGGCAGUGCGUUGGAGACCGAGGCCGAGGUGGUGCAGCCAGGGCAGCUGGAGGAGGAGCUGCUGGAGGAGCAGCCCCAGGCGCUGCCCAGCCAUAGCCACUGGAAGGGGAACGGCAGUGUGUGCUCGCAGUUCCCCGAGUUAGCCAGGUCUGGCCUUCUGAAGAAUGUAGAGGUGAAUGCUGAGCAGCUGCAGAACCUGCGGACAGUGGAGACGUAGCUAGAGCUGGUGGCCUAGAGCAGUCUUGAGGAUGUUGGGGCCAGAACCACCCAUAGCUCUGAACUGAGAAGAGAUGUGCAUGUGUCUGCAAGGGACAGGGGCUUCCAGGAACAGCCAUCUCCCCUGACUGAGAUCCUGCUACAAGCCUUAUGUUGUAUGGAGGGGAGUCUUGGCAGCCUGACUGGCUCAGAUCCAGAAGAGGAGGCCCUGGGGCAGGCGCCCAGGGAACAGGGCAGGCCAGGAGCCUGAGUGAUACUAGAUUAUUUUAAUUUUUCCUGAGAACCUGACUGGACAUUCAUAUUCAUCCAUCCAUGCAUGCAGUAAAUACUUAUUGAUGCAUGCUGUGUGCUUGGCCCUAUAUAAGAGAUGCUUAAAUGAGAUACUGACCUGGCCUUCAGAAAUGGGGUAGACACACAUAUAAUGACCUUCAAGCCAACAGAGACAUUACUGCCCAGCUACUCUGGCUGCCUUCCUGCCUCUAGCUGAUAAGUUUACAAAUCCCUGUAGAGAAUGACAAUUGCUCAGAGAAAGCCUUUAGAUAACAUCCAGGGGGACACUUGGUCUUACCCAUGGGAUAAAAUUUAAAGGUGGCCAAAGAGGCAAUAGGAAAGGACUGGACCAGUUGGAAGGCAUCUGGCCCAUAAGGGGAGAAGCCAAUUGCAAGGGCUUUAAGGUAAGAUGGGAAAGAGAAGGCAGGGAGGACUCUACUCCAUUCUUUUAGGUAAGCUCAGCAAGACCAUGUCUCCCACUUACACCUCCCCAAGAAUAGUGACUUGCCCAGAUGUGAGAUGCUUUUGCCUGGGUGGUUUGGCUCUUGCUGUUGUGUGGGGCUGGGUGUCCCUGCUAGCUUCCCCUCCUUAAGUGCUAACCAGGUAAAGGAUUCUCUUUUAGCAGGUGUCAAGUUGUUAGGGAGGCCCUCACUUCCCCACCCCCAAAGUGGGGUCCGUGGACCAGCAUCACUAGGGGGCCUGUUAGAAAUGCAGAUUCUCAGCUCCCUCCCUUGUCCUACCAAUUCAGAACCCGUAUUUCCCCUUAGGUGAUUUGCGAGCACAUUAUUAUUGCUUGAGAAACCCUGAUUGUGAGGGGAGAGAAGGCCAGCUUGGCUGGAAGGAGCUAGUUUCUAGACACACCUCCUGAGACCGGGAUACCUCUCCCACUCACACCUCCAGCCUGAAAGCAGCAUUAUGCUCAAUUUGUUUGAAUUAAAAUAUCUUGACUAGGUAAUAUUUCUGAUUCAAACAUGCCUAUAAUUCUAGCGAUUCGGGAGACUGAGGCAAGAGGAUCGGAAGUUUGAGGUCAGCCUGGGAAG